GCGGCGGCGGCGGCGCGGGAAUGGAACCCCUGCGGGUGCUGGAGCUGUACAGCGGCGUGGGGGGCAUGCACCAGGCUCUGAGAGAAAGCGGUAUACCUGCACAUGUGGUGGCUGCCAUUGAUGUAAACGAUGUUGCUAAUGAAGUAUACAAGUAUAAUUUUCCUCAAACACAGUUACUAGCCAAGACAAUUGAAGGCAUUACAUUAGAAGAGUUUGACAGAUUAUCUUUCAAUAUGAUUUUAAUGAGCCCUCCCUGUCAGCCAUUCACAAGAAUUGGUCUGCAAGGUGAUGUGACUGAUCCAAGGACGAAUAGCUUCUUAUAUAUUCUAGAUAUUCUCCCAAGGUUACAAACAUUACCGAAGUAUAUUCUUUUAGAAAAUGUUAAAGGUUUUGAAGUAUCUUCUGCAAGAGACCUGUUAAUAAAAACAAUAGAAAAUUGUGGCUUUCAGUACCAAGAAUUUCUAUUAUCGCCAACCUCUCUUGGCAUUCCAAAUUCAAGGCUACGGUAUUUCCUUAUUGCAAAGCUUCAGUCAGAGCCAUUACCUUUUCAAGCCCCUGGUCAGGUACUGAUGGAGUUUCCCAAAAUGGAAUCUGAACAUCCUCAACAGCAUGCAAUAGAUGCAGUAAAUAAAACUGAAGGAAAGAAAAUUGAACCAAAUGUUUGCUUUGAUAGCAGCAGACAGUGUUCAGGAAAAGAAGCCAUUCUUUUUAAGCUUGAAACUGCAGAGGAAAUUGACCGGAAGCAUCAACAGGACAGUGAUCUCUCUGUACAAAUGCUAAAAGAUUUUCUUGAAGAUGAUAUUGACACGAAUCAGUACUUUUUACCACCGAAGUCAUUGCUGCGAUAUGCUCUUUUGUUAGACAUUGUUCAGCCCACUUGCAGAAGGUCCAUGUGCUUUACAAAAGGUUAUGGGAGGUACAUAGAAGGGACAGGAUCUGUGUUACAGACUGCAGAGGAUGUGCAGAUUGAGAAUAUCUACAAAUCUCUUACCAAUUUGUCACAAGAAGAAAAGAUAACAAAAUUGUUAAUGCUUAAACUUCGAUAUUUCACUCCUAAAGAAAUUGCAAAUCUCCUUGGAUUUCCACCAGAGUUUGGGUUUCCUGAGAAUAUAACAGUGAAACAGCGUUAUCGACUACUUGGAAAUAGUCUCAACGUACAUGUAGUAGCUAAACUAAUCAAAGUACUAUGCAGAUAAUCUUAAAUGACUUUGAAAGAUGGUCAUAGUAUUCCUUCAUAUCCAGACGCUCCAGACCCAGAGAAGCAGCAAAAUCAGAUGGAGCAGCGCCGUGGCUAACAUCAGGACCAGCUGCAAUGACUAAUGACCCCCUGCCCUGGCAUUGGCCAAUUAUUAGAGACCACUACCCUGAGGGGCACACCUGGAAAGCUGAUGAAUAUUCUAUUGAGAUCCUUCCCUGGGACCUCCAGAUAAAAGCUUUUAAGACCGAGACCCCAGGCAAAUGUACUCUCUCUUUUUCCAGAGCAUGCCCACACCUUUCCUCCCUCUUUCAUCUCUCAAGGCAAGCCUCCCCGCCUCCCCCUGCUCUGUCUCUCUCUCUCUCUCUCU